AUGUUCGAAAACACACUUGCCUUUCCAUCCCUGAAAACAGUCUCUCUCAAUGACCAGUUUGAAGGCGUGGAUACCCAUUCGGAGCUGGCAACAAACAUGUUUUAUUUACCGGCUGUUCGUAGAAUCGAAUACCAUGGACUGUGGGAAUUCACGCCGUAUAUGAUCGACGCCAUGGAAGGAACGCCUUCUGGCAAACUGACGCAUUUCCAGGUCGAGAUUGGAGAGUGGCAUAACAACGAUAAAAUGGGACAGGAAUAUCUCUUCCAAGCGAGUCCAUUCCGUCAACUGCUGCUACCCUCACAGGACACUCUCAGAGCGCUGUCUCUGGAUUUUGACCGUGAGCACCGGUUCCGCGUGCACUAUUGCUGGAAUGAACGCUCAUUCCAUACAGAAAGCAUCACUGAUAUUCUCCCAUUCGGCUCCACCAAGGAAUUCCACCUUCUACGAAACCUCAAAAUGCGGUAUGCUAACCUGGCAGGCCUUCCGUGUCCCCAGCACGUAGAUGAAUGGGAUGGCCACCAUCAACAGUCUCUCGUUGAUAUCCUGCCCAGCUCACUUGCCUCGCUCACCAUCACAGAGACACCCUGCGCGUAUCUACGGAUUGUCAUCUCGGAUGUUGAGGCGCUGCUGAAGGGCAAUGAAAAGGGGAUGCCUCGUUUGAAACAUAUCAUCCUUCAGAUCUGGCCCAAACCGAAGGAUUUUGAGGAUAUCAAGGUGCUUCUCGAUGGUCUGAGUCUGGUGGCUGAGGGUAUGGGGGUUCGCAUGGGGUACGAGCUAGAGCGGUACUGGUGA